UCGUCGUCGACCUCCUCCUCCUCCUCCUCCAAUGGAGCCUCCUCCAAUGGCGACCAAAACCGUAGCUCUCCUUGUCGUCGUCGUCAUCGUCGUCGUCUCGGAGGCGCCGGGACAGGGAAAGGCCCUCUCGAUCGGCGUUAACUACGGCACGCUCGGCGACAACCUCCCCCCUCCGGCGCAGGUCGCGGCGUUCCUCCGCGACCGAACCAUAAUCGACCGCGUCAAGCUCUUCGACUCGAACCCCGACCUCGUCCGCGCCUUCGCCCUCACCGGGAUCUCCGUCACCGUCACCGUCCCCAACGGCCUCAUCCCCUCCCUCGCCGAUCGCCGCGGCGGCGCCGCCGCCGCGUGGGUGGCGGCCAACGUCGCCCCCUUCUACCCCGCGACGAACAUCACCCUCGUCUCCGUGGGCAACGAGAUCCUGGCCACGGGCGACCGCGCCCUCGUCGCGGGCCUCGUCCCCGCCAUGCGCCGCCUCUCCGCCGCCCUCUCAGCCGCGGGCCUCCGCCGCGUCCGCGUCUCCACCCCGCACUACCUCGGCAUCCUCGCCGUCUCCUGGCCCCCCUCCGCCGCGCGGUUCCGCGGCGGCUACGAGCGCCGCGUCUUCGCCCCGAUGCUGCAGCUCCUCCGCGAGACCCGCUCCCCCUUCGUCGUCAACCCCUACCCCUACUUCGGCUACAACCCCGAAACCCUAAAUUACGCCCUCUUCAGGCCCAACCCCGGGAUGCGCGAUCCCUUCACGGGGAUCACCUACACCAACAUGUUCGACGCGCAACUGGACGCGGUGUACUCGGCGAUGAAUCGGCUCGGCUACGGCGACGUGGCGAUCGCGGUGGGCGAGACGGGCUGGCCCACCGCCGCGGAGCCGGGCCAGAUCGGGGUCAGCGCCGCGGAGGCGGCGUCGUACAACCGCAACCUGAUACGCAAGGUGAACUCGGCGACGGGCACGCCCCUCAUGCCGAAUCGCACCUUCGAGGCCUACCUCUUCGCGCUGUUUAACGAGAACCUCAAGCCCGGGCCCAUUGCGGAGCGGAAUUUCGGGUUGUUUCGCCCCGAUUUCACGCCCGUUUACGAUAUCGGAAUUUUAAAAAAUAAUCCGAGUGGUAGGAGGCCGAGGAGGGGGAGAAGGAAGUGGUGCGUGGCGAAGGAGGGGGCGAGCGAGGCGGCGCUGCAGGCGAACAUAAACUACGCGUGCAGCAACGGGUUGGUGGACUGCCGGCCGAUUCAGGAGGGCGGGGCGUGCUUCCUCCCAAACACAUUGCAGGCGCACGCCUCCUACGCCAUGAACGCCUUCUUCCGGGCCAGCGGCCACCGCCGUUUUCACUGCGACUUUGCCGGGACCGGCCUCAUCACCGCCGCCAACCCCAGUUACGGAAAUUGCCAGUUCAGAUAGCGAGGAGUAAUGUCAUAUGGACAUCACUUUGCACCCAAAAUUAAGGCUAUAAUGGGUUAGCCUCGCUAAUGUUGCUGUUAGCUGGUGAUUCAACUUAUUCAGACUUGACUAGAUAUUUAAAGUUGAAUUUGAUUUCUGACUUAUUAACUGCACUGGGACAAUUUUGUGGGGCUCAGCUCAAAAUGGUCGCGAUCUCAAAUUUGGAUACAUUCUUGGAGUGUGUAACUUAACUUCGUUAAGCUUUGUUAAUCUAUUGAGCUGCCCCUUUUUCUUUUUUUUUUUGUGGGCAUGAAA